GCGUUAGCUCUUCCAUGGCGGAAUCAUCAGAUUACACCUUAGCGAAGAGAAUGCGAUUUUCUUCUUCUUCUUCAGUUCGAGAUGCGACAUCUAAGAACCUUAUGGCAAGCAGAUUACGGAAUCACAGCAACCGCUCCACCGUUCGAUUUGAAUCAGCUCUGUCUCACAUCGGAAACAAAUUUCUCACGGAUCAUGCGUCGCCUCUCAGCGAUAAAAUUGUUACCAAACAUCCUCGAGCGUGUCAUCGUGUCACGGUGAGGAAUCUGUGUCUCAGGCGCGUAUCAUCCCAAAGUUCGAGCCCUAGCGAUUGGGACUGUCUCAUGAAAGGGCAAAAUCAAACGAAGGAGCUAAAUGUGGAAUCUCCUUGCGAUACUCCGAAUUCGAACGUUGCGGGAAUAGGAAUCAGUGAUAUAGAAGUAGGGGAAUGUUCACAAACGACGCCACCGGAUUCAGAUAAGUUCACUAGUGUAGCUGGUUCUAUCCGCCAAGACAUUGAUGGAUUCUCUGUGAAAAAGAUUCGUCAUCCGGAAAAGAUUUUCAAGAACCUUGGUUCUGUGAGCUAUAGGAGACUGCUUCCUUACUUGAAGGAAACUGCUGAUGAUACUAGAGAUGCUGCUGAUGCAAAAGAUCCAACCGGGACUGUUUUGCUAUCUCCCAAUAGCUUUGUUAAACCAUCAGCACAAAAAUUAGAUGGAAACAUUAGUCCUUUGGAGAAGAUGACUUCAUCUAGUGCCACCAAACCUCCUCAGUUGUGCUCCAAGCGUAGGCUAUUUAAAGUGCCAGGUUCUGUGAAUUACAAAAGAAUGCUUUCAUAUCUCAGAGAUAGCUCAGAGGAUAAUCCUGGGACGGCUGAAACCAGUAAACAUAUAGAUCCUCAGAAGAAUAUUGAAACAAAUGCUCCAGCCACUGAGAAUAAAGGGGCAGCAAAUGAAGCUAAAGAUUUGAAUACAUGCUCUAACAAUGUUGAGGCGUCACUUUCUGAUCCGGAGUACGAACAGGAAACUCAAACUUUUGUUAGCCAGUUUAGCUGUUAGUGUUAUUUAGUGAAGCUGUAUAUAGCUUAAAGCGUGUUUGACUUGUUUACGCCUAGAGCUUGUUCAUCUAGGAAGGAACUUGUAGGUCAAAGAAUUAAAACGGCUCCUAGAUCAUAUGAACCUAACAAUUUAUCUCCAAAGCACAAACCUUAGAGGUAACUAGCAUCUAAGCAUUAGACUUGUUGAUUGUUGUGUCUCCACAGUUGUCUUGUUGUUCAACAUUAGUAGUCUCUUUCUUUGUUUUUUCUCAAGCAUAUCAAACUGUUGUUGUUAUCUGAUCCACA